AUGAGCCGUGGGCCUGACAGAGUACAGCCUGAUGAUCCCUCACAGAGUCCACCCCUGCCUGACACGAGUCCAUCCAGCAGUGACUUGAGGAAACUUUUUGAGUGUCCAUUCUGCUUUGAGUAUGUGUUACCACCCAUCGUUCAGUGUCAAUGUGGUCAUCUUGUUUGUGUCAGCUGUCGCCAAAAUCUGGCUUCUUGUCCAACUUGCCAGGGCCCAUUGGGAUCCAUUCGCAACUUGGCUAUGGAGAAAGUGGCCAAUUCACUUACGUUUCCAUGUAAAUAUGCCUUGUCUGGGUGCGGACUAACUCUGCCACCCACAGAAAAAGCAGACCACGAAGAGCACUGUGAGUUUAGGCCUUAUUCCUGUCCGUGCCCCGGUGUCCUCUGUCAGUGGGAAGGCUCUUUGGAUGCUGUGAUUCCCCAUUUGAUGGGCCAGCAUGACUCCGUUACAGUACUACAGGGAGAGACUACAAUUUUCCUUGCUAUGAACAUUAAUGUUCAUGGUACUUUUUACUGGGUAAUGAUGCAGUCCUGUUUUGGCUUGCACUUCCUGGUGGUCUUGCAGAAGCAGGAAAACCACCCUGGUCAAGUGAGGUUCUGUGCAAUUCUACAGCUGCUAGCAACAGCCCAGCAAGCGGAAAAUUUUACUUACCGACUUGAGCUCAAAGGUCAUAGACGGCAACUGACUUGGGAAGCAACUCCUCAGUCUAUUCGGGAGGGAAUUGAGACAGCCAUGAUGAACAGUGACUGCCUUGUCUUUGACAUCAACACUGCACAGCUUUUUGCAGAAAAUGGCCAUUUAAGCAUCAUUGUAACUAUUGCCCGGUAUUGA